AUGACAACCCCGAUCCCCGAGGUGACCAUGUCGCGACCUUCGUCCGGCAUCGUUCCUCCCGCCCGCGGUAUAAGGUCAAGGACACAGAGCAUGUCCAGCGACAGACCUUCUACAAUCGCCCUCAGCCUGAUGUCGCCCCCUUUAUCCGUGUCACCAGAGGCGGCCUUCAUUGCCGCCUCCGCUGCCUCUCAGAUUGUCACCAACGACCAUGACAGCCAUGCUGAGACCUGGUACGAUCAGCAUGGCAUUGAGCCUGCCGGCGAAACUGCCUUGGUGUCGCAAGAGGCUCUCCUCCUUGUGAACAACUUCCUCGACCAGCUUCUUUUCAACUUCCUCUCUGUUGCCCGAGCCACGACACUUUCCGCCCUGCGACCAGCUGUCGCCGAGGUCCUCAAGCCCAAGCUCGCCAAGGACGCCGUAAACAACGCCGACGAGGAAUUGCGAGAGUAUCUCGGUGAGGGCGACGAAGAUGAUUACGUUCAACCUCAAGGUGGCGACCCGUCCCGCGACUGGGACCUCGAGCUGGUUUGGAAGCGCACUCGAUUGCGAUGUAUGGUCUACUCGUCCCUGGGAGACAUGGAGGAGGAAGACGAAGACUUGCACAUGGAGCAAGAGAACUUGGAGAUUGGCGCCGACGAGCAGAUUUCAGCCGUCAUCUCGCCUGCGGUCGCCAUCUUUUUGACGUCUGUUCUGGAAUACAUGGGCGAGCUCACCCUCACUGUGGCCGGACAGGCUGCAUACCACAGGUUGCGAACCAGGUUCCAGAAGGAAAUCAACGAAGGGGCCAAGAAUCCCACAGAUAUUGCUGAUCGAAUCGUCGUCGAAGACCAGGACAUGGAGAGAGUUGCUCUCGACAGAACUCUGGGACGACUAUGGAGAGGCUGGAAGAAGAGAAUUCGCUCCCCAACCUUCGACAUGAGUGGCCGACCCUUUUCAAGGUCGUCCAUUGGUCAUCUGAGGCAUGACAGCAACCUUACCGAGCUGGGCCGAAUUGCCACUCAUAGCGAUGAAGAAAACGAUGCCAACAAGGACGAAAAGAAAACCGAUCUCGCUGGGCUUGGGCCCGCAGAGAUUGCCCUGCCCAUGGGCGAUAAUGAUGUGUAUGAGAUCGAAGUACCUGGUCUCGCAGCUUACAGCGAUGACGAGGAUGAAGAGGACGAAGAGGAAGAUGAAACUACUAGCGGGCGCCGGCCAAAGAGCUUGUUGAUUAUCCCUUUCGGAGGUCCUGCUGGACUCCCAACUCCCAUUUUGUCUCAGCCAAACACGCCCGACUUCGCGGGGCGUAAGAGAUCCAACUCUCUUCCUACCCCCGGGGCCUCGCCAUAUCGUCCAGUCGUAAAGCGAUCCAAGGAGACAGCACCAGCGGAGACUAGCGCAGUCAUUGAAGAACAAACCACGAAGGAAGCUGCCAAGGACGACCAGGCGGUGGAAGAGACCAAGGUUGCUCAGGAAAUCAAGCCAGUAGAUGAGCCAUCAUCUAAAGCUUCAACGUCUAAGCGGCUGUCGAAAAUCGUUACAGACCCAUCAGCCGCUGCAGCCUUCCGCAACCGAUCCCGGCGAGUAUCUGGCGAAGGAGAAGAGGGAAAGGUAGCCUACGAGAAGGCUGAAAUUCUUACCACGUCCAGGAUAUCAGUUUCCGGUAGCGCAUCGCCUGCUCUCUCUGACUCCGGAGGCCCAUUCACGCUGAAGAGAUCCAACAGCGUUCAUUCGGCUCGAAUCAUUGAUGUUACAGGGCCUAAGAGUCCCAGCGGAUCUCGCUCGCCAUCCGUGGAUACGACUGAUCGGGCUCGCCCCGCCAGCAUCAACAUGUCUGCUCAAAGCAGCGUUUACUCUACUCCUGAAGAAUCGCUCGUACCGAAGACCCUUGGUGCAGUGCCUCGCUCGGCGGUCGCGCCCCCUAAGAGUCGGUCCCCUGUUGAUAGAAUGAGGGGAUCCAUGCCCAGCGCUGCCACCAUAUCCGAGUCCGAAGAGGAGGCGGAGCACGAUGUUCCUAAGGACCAGAACACAAAGAACACCUUCCAAUCUUCUCCACUAACCCAUUCCGUGCCGGAAAGCCUUCCCGUACAGCGCAGGAGGCCGCAGCCCCUUAUUGGGCUCCCCCCUCAGCCUCAGCCGUCAUCCCACCGGAAAACGUCCUCUGGAACUAAGGUGACGAUUCUGCGGGCGCCAAGCGCGCCGUCCCCUCUGCCUGAAGAUAGGCAGGCCGAGAUCUCACGAAAGACUGGUGGCCAGGGUAACUGGCAAGGAUCGCGUGAUAAGGUCCCAACAUCCCCGACUCACAGCAUCGGAAUGGUCUCUAUUGAACGGUCGAAGACGAGGGACGACGAAGAUGACGCUGGUGUGGGCUCGUCUGCUCCUCGUCCUAUUCACACCUCUGGCUCUUCUGCUUCAUCAGGCACGUCCCGCUUGAAGGCUGUUCGCACUUCCGAAGAGAACGCCUCGCGCUCUGAGAAUGUUGCACGCAACUUUGAGGAGCUGAUCCAGAGCAACCAGACUAUUACUUACACGCUGACACCCGAGAACAUGCGUGAUAUUGACCAUAAGCGAUCUCUGGAUCAGACUCCUGUUGUUACGAAGGCAUCUUGGAAGACCGAUGACGCUCGAAGUCACAACCGAUCUCGAUCUUCAUCGGCCGCUACCGAACUCAAGGUGCACCACCGGGCAACUGGUCUGAGCGAUGACAAGUCUAAGACCGGCCUACACUCUCCUACCAUGGCCUCUGCGAAGGCUGCACGCGGCUCCGGAGCUGCUCGAGAGGCGCGGGUUCCUAGCGAAUCUACUGCAGAUUUUGCGGAGUUCAUCAAGUCAACAGGCCCCCCGGGACAAGGACAGACUCGACCUGCCCCCCUACGGAGCAAUCCACCUGGCGCAACAUCAUCAUCUGCCAACCCUGCCCUUGAAGCUCGCCGCGUCUCUUCCACCAGCAACCGUAAUCGUUACAUGCCCCGGGAAGCCUUGCCAGAGGGCAGCAGAACGGGCAACUCGGAUUUGAUUGAUUUCAUCCGACAAGGUCCUCCCGGUGCUUCCAACAACCGUAUCCCGCGUACUGUUGCCCCCUUCCGAGACACUCUCGACUCGGAUGAAAUGUCAGGUGCCGUUGGCGGAAAAGCUGUGGAUGCCACUAUCCCAGACAUCCGAUAUAGUCAAGCUUCGACACAUGCAACCGACACGUCAAUGCCUUCAAUACACUCUUCAGUCAACUCCCAUACUGCUCUCUUGAAGAACAAGGGCGGGUCUGGUCCUGCUAGCAAAAUGUUCGACGACGAGGACAUGAUGCCCAAACGCAAGACCAGGCGUGUGAAGGAUCCUUACGCAAUCGACUUCAGUGAUGAAGAUGACGACGACGAUUUUAUCUCGACUCCCAAGCCCCCGGUUAAGAAGGAGGAGAGCCUAGCGGAGUUCUUGAAGAACUACGACCCGCCACCGGAGCCCGUCGCCCCCCCGAUCUCACACAAGAUGCCCAAGAAGAAGGCGAGCGCACCCAGCCUUAUCGGCAGGUUCACGCGCAGCAGCAGCAACGCCCACAGUAGCAACGCGCCGCACUCGCCCGUCGUGGACUCGCGAUCUCUGAGCAGCCGAAGCAGCGGCAAGGGUUAUAUCCCGAUCCAGGUUAACAUCCCCCCGGGCUACGACAAGUAUGGACCUAUUGACAAACCCGCUGCCCGGCCUUCGAUGCCUCCUUCGGGCGGGUCCAUGGGCCGUGUCCCGAUGAAGAGGUUCGAGCCCCGAGAAGCUGUGUCAAAUGUCAGCCGCACCUCUGACCUGGCGGCCUUCCUUCGUGACUCGGAGCCACCGCCAGAACCCGUUGCGCCACCUCCCCCCCGACAGGAGGAGGGGAGCAGCCUGUCCAAGAUGUUCAGCAGGCGAAAGAAGUCUUCAAUGGCUUAAAGAAUCCAUGUUUACGACCCGAUCUACCACCUGCAGAUGCUCAGCUGCCGCUUCGACGACGACUUAUUCCGCUUACGAACUCAUGUACCUAAUCCUUAGUUUUCCAACUGCAGAUACUUAGUCAUGGCCUGGGGUCUAGCCAGAGCUCCCGGACCAUGACCCAUUUCCCUUUCAUCUUAUUCUCAGGCAGUCGU